AUGCUCGGUGAUGUAUGGGGUUUUGAGCGCAUAGCGCCAAUGUCGCCAAUGGUUUACUUAAUUCGUAGGUGCAACAUACAACCGUUCAGACGCCCAAGGAACUUAACGAAACCUGUUGUACUUCAGUCACGACCUUUGGUUAGUCACAUCAGCGGUGGUUCAGCUAGAGCACCCUUUCGGUGCCUAACUGCCAUGCCACCCGAAGGUUGCACGAGGGCUGAGAUUCUGCCAGGUUGCCCAAGCCUAGACACGGGAGGUCGAGAGGCAGCGGUCGGGUUCGAACCACGGACCUUCCGGUCAGUAAAUUCGCGCUCUAACCACUUGGGCCAUCUCGCCCGCAAUCACAUCGGAAGUGGCUUGACACACCUUGGUAAAGCUGUUUCCAACUCCCCGCUUAUCCUACCGCCUGUAGCACCCUUUCGGUGCCUAGCGGCCAUGCCACCCGAAGGAAGCACGAGGACUGCGAUACUACCAGGUUGCCCAAGCCUAAACAGGGGAAGUCGAGUGGCAGAGGUCGGGUUAGGACCACGGACCUUCCGGUCAGUAGACUCGCGUUCUAACCACUUGAUCCAUCCCGCCUCACCCCUUCGAGUGGCAUGGCAGCCAGGCAUCGAAGGGGUGUUACAGCUGAACGACUGUUAUUAUCUACUUCGUCUGUGGAAACCACCCAACGCUACACGCGUUGCUUGCGAUACGGCUCAGUUGUUAGAGCGCGAAUCUACUGACCGGAAGGUCCGUGAUUCGAACCUGACCUCCGCCUCUGAGCCUCCCGUGUCUAGGCUUGGGCAACCUGACAGUAUCCCAGCCCUCAUGUUUGGUGACAUGGCAGUUAGGCACCUAAAGGGUGUUACAACUGAACGGUGUGAAAUGUUCCAGUCAGUUGGGGCGGGAUGGCCCAAGUGGUUAGAGCGCGAAUUUACUGAUCGGAGGUUCCGUGACUUCAGCUUGGUGGAAGAGACUGCGUGUCGCGUAGAGACCUCCCCUUCUGGUGGCAUGGCAGCUAGGCACCGAAGGGGUGCUACAGCUGAACGAUUUUUUAAAUUUCCGGCCAAUUGUUCCAAAUGCGCUAAUUUAAGUCAGUUCCAAUGCUACACAAUCAGCUUUGCCGUUAAAGCGCGAAUUUACCGACCGGAAGGUCUGUGGUUCGAACCCGCCUCUCGACUUCCCCUUCCCGGGUUUUGGCAACCUGGCAGUAUCCCAGCUCUCGCGCUUCCUUCUGGUGGCAUGGCAGCUAGGCACCGAAGGGGUGCUCAGCUGAACGUUCAUUUCGGUGUCUUCUCUUCGAAUGGGAAUCAGUCAAUGCGGAUAAUGGGAAGUUCUGGAGAACUGUUUCUUCGAAAAAAUUUUGUCUCCACUAUUGAGCUGGAAGGACUCCUUGGGAAGUAA